ACAGACAGAAAACCUCGUGGUAAAAAAACACAACCAGUCAUGGAGUGGAGUGUGGCUCUCCUGCUGAUCUCAGGGUUCUCCACACUUCAUACAAACCUCUGUUCUGAGAUUUAUUUUGUGAACAUGAAUAAGAGCUGGACUGAAGCACAGAGUUACUGCAGAGAGAACUACACUGACCUGGUUACCAUUGACAACCCAGAGGAAAUGAACAGAGUGAUUAACAGGGUAAACCUCACUGGUUAUACUGGACCAGCCUGGAUAGGACUGGAAAAGGGAAACUCAUGGAAGUGGCAGUGGUCCCUGGAAGAGAGACGUCCCUACAGUGAUGGACAGACUGGGUUUUGGAACUGGGACACCAGCGUAGGAGCACCUCACACUGUGGAUGGGAAUGACAACUGUGUGGGGAUGAGAGACAACGGGAAAUGGAAUGAUAUUGGCUGUGACUCUAAAUCUCCCACAGGAUUCUUUGUUUGUUAUGAUGAGAGAAAACAAUCCAACCAGAGCUACAUCUUCAUUAAUCAAAGUAAUAGGACCUGGAUGGAGGCACAGAGAUACUGCAGAGAGAAUUAUACAGACCUGGUCAGUGUGAGGAACCAGACUGAGAAUGAUCUCAUACACAACAUGACUAGAAAUGGAACCUGGGUGUGGAUCGGUCUGUACAGAGACUACUGGCAGUGGUCAGACCAGAGAAACUCCUCAUUCCGCUACUGGGCACCAGGAAAACCGAAUAAUAAUACUGGGAAUGAGAAGUGUACUGUAGCCUCGAUCACACAGACACUCAAUGGAACGUGGGAUGAUCGACAGUGUGGUGAAAAUCACCCGUUCCUGUGUUACGAUGUCCCCCUGAUCCUGGUACAAGAGAACAUGACCUGGAACGAAGCCCAGAGCUACUGCAGGGAGAACAAUGUGGACCUGGUGUCUGUCUACAGUGAGGAGAUCCAGAACUGGGUGGAGAGGAUGGUUAGAAGUGCCACCAGUUCCCAUGUGUGGUUGGGUCUGCGCUUCUCCUGCAGAUUGAAACUCUGGUUCUGGGUCACCGGAAGCGUGGCCUGCUACCAGAACUGGGUUCCGGGCAACGGGAGUGGAGCUGGACACUGUGGGAACACUGCGGCUGUCCAAUCUGGAGGAGGACAUCAGUGGGUCAGUCUGCCUGAGACUCAGAAGCUCAACUUCAUCUGCUCCAAAUAGGCAGGAAACAAGGAGCACA